UGUGGACCGUAAAUGGCUAAACUUUGAAGUUUUUGGAACAUCGCUCUCAAGUCAAGUGAGCUCUGAUUUUCACUAAGAGACUUAAAUCUGCGGAAACAACUUUUACUAUAAGAUAGGAUUUUUCUUACAGAAGCAUUACAAUUUUCCCGCGCUUUUCUCCUUUGAUGAGUAGACGAAGAUAAGAGAAAUGGCGAUGUUGGUGACGAAUUUGUCUUCUUCAAGCUUCAGUUUCUUUCCCUCUCCUCAUUUCCAAACCCACAAGGAAAUCAGAAGCGACGUUAGAGUUCGAAAAGAUGUGAUUUUUAACAGAGCCUCGUUGAGAACAGUAUCAGAUCGUGCUGAUUCGAUUACAACGUUUGAUCGAAGCGUAACGGAUGCAAACACUCGAUUACGGAGAUUCUGCGAAGCAGGUAAUCUAGAGAACGCCGUGAAGCUUCUUCGUGUAUCUGGAAAAUGGGAUAUUGAUCCGAGAACUUUAUGCUCUGUUCUUCAACUCUGUGCUGAUUCAAAAUCUCUGGAAGAUGGUAAAGAAGUUGAUAACUUUAUUCGUGGUAAUGGGUUUGUGAUAGAUUCGAAUUUGGGAUCGAAACUAGCGCUUAUGUAUACAAAUUGUGGAGAUUUGAAAGAAGCGAGUAGAGUUUUUGAUCAAGUUAAGAUCGAGAAAGCUUUGUUCUGGAAUAUUUUGAUGAAUGAGCUUGCAAAGUCUGGUGAUUUUAGUGGGAGUAUUGGAUUAUUUAAGAAGAUGAUGAGUUCUGGUGUUGAAAUGGAUAGUUAUACUUUUUCUUGUAUUUCAAAGAGUUUUUCGUCUUUGCAAAGUGUUAAUGGAGGAGAGCAGCUUCAUGGGUAUAUUCUGAAAUCAGGUUUUGGAGAAAGGAACUCUGUUGGGAAUUCUCUGGUGGCGUUUUAUUUGAAGAAUCAGAGAGUUGAUAGUGCACGUAAGGUGUUUGAUGAAAUGACUGAGAGAGAUGUUAUAUCUUGGAAUUCUAUUAUUAAUGGGUAUGUAUCAAACGGAUUUGCUGAGAAAGGGCUAUCUGUUUUCGUGCAGAUGUUGUUUUCUGGGAUUGAGAUUGAUUUGGCUACUAUAGUUAGUGUUUUUGCUGGCUGUGCUGAUUCUCGUUUGAUCUCCUUAGGUAGAGCUGUCCACAGUUUUGGAGUGAAAGCUUGUUUUAGUAGAGAGGAUCGGUUUUGUAAUACAUUGCUUGAUAUGUAUUCGAAAUGUGGUGAUCUAGACUCUGCUAAAGCUGUGUUUAGAGAGAUGAGUGGUCGAAGUGUUGUGUCGUAUACUUCCAUGAUUGCUGGUUAUGCUAGGGAAGGUUUGGCUGGUGAAGCUGUGAAGUUAUUUGAAGAAAUGGAGGAAGAAGGUAUUAGCCCUGAUGUUUAUACCGUGACUGCGGUUUUAAACUGCUGUGCCCGUAAUCGGUUGUUAGACGAAGGCAAGCGUGUGCAUGAGUGGAUAAAGGUAAACAAUAUGGGAUUUGAUAUCUUUGUAUCGAAUGCUCUGAUGGAUAUGUAUGCGAAAUGUGGAAGCAUGCGAGAGGCAGAGCUAGUGUUCUCUGAGAUGCGUGUGAAAGAUAUUAUCUCGUGGAACACCGUUAUUGGUGGGUACUCAAAGAAUUGUUACGCCAACGAAGCUCUAAGCCUGUUCAAUUUGCUGUUGGAGGAAAAGCGAUUCAGUCCUGAUGAGAGAACAGUGGCAUGCGUUCUUCCGGCUUGUGCAAGUCUUUCUGCUUUCGAUAAAGGAAGAGAGAUCCACGGUUACAUCAUGAGAAACGGGUAUUUCUCAGAUCGGCAUGUUGCUAAUUCGCUUGUAGACAUGUACGCGAAAUGUGGAGCGUUGUUACUCGCACGUAUGCUCUUUGAUGAUAUUGCUUCCAAGGAUCUUGUUUCUUGGACAGUGAUGAUAGCUGGAUAUGGGAUGCAUGGGUUUGGAAAAGAGGCGAUUGCUCUUUUCAAUCAAAUGAGACAAGCGGGUAUUGAGCCUGACGAAAUAUCCUUUGUAUCUUUGUUGUAUGCUUGUAGCCAUUCAGGACUAGUGGAUGAAGGAUGGAGAUUCUUUAACAUCAUGAGACAUGAAUGCAAGAUCGAGCCAACAGUAGAACAUUAUGCCUGUAUAGUCGACAUGCUUGCAAGAACCGGAGAUUUAUCAAAAGCUUAUAGGUUCAUCGAGAACAUGCCAAUUCCACCAGAUGCUACUAUCUGGGGAGCUUUGUUGUGUGGAUGUAGGAUACAUCAUGAUGUUAAGCUAGCUGAGAGAGUCGCAGAGAAAGUCUUCGAGCUUGAACCAGAGAACACAGGAUAUUAUGUACUCAUGGCGAAUAUCUACGCAGAAGCUGAGAAAUGGGAAGAAGUGAAAAGGCUAAGAAAGAGAAUAGGGCAACGCGGAUUGAGGAAGAAUCCGGGAUGUAGCUGGAUAGAGAUAAAGGGUAGAGUUAACAUCUUUGUUGCUGGAGAUAGUUCAAAUUCAGAAACCGAAAAGAUUGAAGCUUUCUUGAGGGGGGUAAGAGCUAGAAUGAUAGAAGAAGGGUAUUCGCCGCUGACUAAAUACGCUUUAAUUGAUGCGGAAGAGAUGGAAAAAGAAGAAGCUUUGUGUGGUCAUAGUGAGAAAUUGGCAAUGGCUUUAGGGAUUAUUAGCUCUGGACAUGGAAAGAUCAUUAGAGUUACCAAGAAUCUAAGAGUUUGUGGAGAUUGUCAUGAAAUGGCUAAGUUCAUGUCUAAGUUAACCAGAAGAGAGAUUGUCCUAAGAGAUUCAAACCGGUUUCACCAAUUUAAAGAUGGACAUUGUUCUUGCAGAGGUUUCUGGUGAACACUGAACUGUUUCAUGUAUUGGACAUUGUUCUCACCAGGACCUGUUUACGCUUGGAACGGUCCUGAUGUAAUCAUUGAAAUUGAAUCAAUUAGAACAUGAACA